GUCGAGGAGACCGAGGUGACGCAGGACGAGGCGCUCGCGGCCGCCGACAUCGUCAUCGCGGGGGUCCCGCAUCCAAAGUUCAAGAUCGAGGCGAGCAAGGUGAAGCCGGGCGCGAUCGCGGUCAACUUUUCGCAGUUCUCCAACUUUGGCGAGGGCAUCGAGGAGCACACCACCUUCGUGCCCGCCAUCGGGAAGGUGACGAUUGCGAUGCUCGAGCGGAACCUCCAUCGUCUGCACAUGGCCUCUGAGGCGGCCUAG